CCCGUGUCCUGGCAUGCAGGAUGCACGGGCGCAACCAAUCUGUGCCGUCAUCUUGUGGCCGGCCACUGACGCAAUUGGAUGAACUGCUCACUUGCCUUGAAUUGAGGCAACAGAAAUGGUUGACAUGCCCCUCCAUCUGAGCCCACCCACUAUUUUAUUUUCCUCUAUUACCGCUGCUGCUUCUGUUACUAUUCACCGUCUCAUCCCAUACAUAUAAAGUAACACCCAUUAUGGCCACCGCAGAAACCGUAGAGCUCGGGGCCACUCAUGAGCCAAAGGAGGAGUCGCUCCGGGUCUUUGAGCAGAUUGAACAUGAAUUGAAGAAAACACUCGUUCAUAUCCGUCACGAGCAUAACAAACAUGAGCCGGAAUACUUUGCGGCUACUGAGCAUCUCAGUGAUGCCGAGUUAGCCGGCUUUACGCUUGACGACUUCCAGCAAGUUCGUGUCGCCGUCUCCGCCUACGGGAUUCAUAUCUUCGGCAAAGUCAGGAUUCCCGCUCUGCCUGAUGAUGGCCCAGCCUACAUUCAUUUCCGUGCUUUCAUUGGAGGCCCGGACGACGAAGCCAAGCUCCACAGUAUCCAUACCGAAGACAAGGAAGAACCCGAUGGUGGCCACACUUUCCGCGCCAUCUUCACAAAAAACGACCCGCUGGAGUGGUUCGACACCUAGAACCUCUGCCCAUGAUGCCCACAGGGCUGACUUAGAUAGAAAUAAAACAAGCCACUUUUUGCCCCC